CCAACCCGUCACUACGUUCUCCCUCGAACAGAGUCGCCCCGGUUUGCAGCGCCGCACCACGGGACCUCUCCGGCCGGCGACGACAACCGGCCUCCGCCGGCAAACGGCGCACGCAGCGCAGGCAGUUUCAGGAUGGGUACUGAAGACACUAAAGAUAUGCUGAAGAAUGCGGACUGGAAGACAGUGAGUGGUCCCGUUAUUACCGAGUCAAGCCAGCCGGUUGUCAAGAAGCGUCUUCCGAAGAAAAUCAGACAAGUCCCUGAGUGUUACUUUCUGCCUCGACGAUCUUUGCCGUCUGCAUUGGCAAUCUACGGUGCUGUUUGUGCUGCUGGAGUUGGUACAGGGAUGUUGCUUGAGGUUUGGAUAAACAAAAAGAUCAAAGAGGAUGGCGGCGUUGUCUGGGAGAUGGGCAAAUGAUGUUGAUGCACUUUGAGUUGGUAACAAUCUGGUUUGGCAGACUCACUUGGCUUCACUUAUGCUGCUUAAGCUGUAUCACGGAAAUAAGCGGAGAUUUGUUGUUUCAGACUAUCUGUUGAGACUGACAAACGCAGACAAUGUUUUCCGGUGUAAUUGACACAACCUUGUCCCUGUGUUUCUAGUUUGGUUGUGCAAGCUGUGUGAUGGUUCAAACUUUA